AUGCAUGGAAUUUGCUACAAGCCAAGUGCGAAGAUCGACUUUCGUGGCUAUUCAGAUGCAGACUGGGCCGGUGACCUUGCUGAUCGCAAAUCGACGUCCGGCUACGUCUUCAUGCUAUUGGGUGCUCCAGUGAGUUGGGGCAGCAAGAAGCAGCCAAGUGUGUCACUGUCUGCAAUUGAAGCGGAGUACAUUGCGCUUGAGUCUGGCGAUUCAAGAAGACAAGUGGAUCCACUGCUUACUAUGCGAGAUCAUGGCGGCUACUAA